AUGUCAGUAACCCAGUUCCCACCGCUUCUCUCCGAAGAUGAUUGCCAAAAAUAUAAAGUUCCAUUAAAAUGGAGAGAUAGAUGUGCUGCUUAUUUUGCAUUGUAUCAAACAUGUUUAAUUAGGCAAUCGGCCAACUCCUCCGUCAGCUGUAAGCAUGAUAAACAUUCAUGGGAAGAGUGUGAAAAUUUGGACUUGAUUAGAAGAAGAAAAGAGUUGCAACAAGUGAAGGAGCAAAGAAGAGAAGAGUUGGCUUCUGCAUCGUCGUAA